UAUUCAUGAAAGAGAUAUUUAUUUAUAAUGGGAAGGAAAUGGGUACAUAGGAAGUGUGAAGGACUGUAAGAUUGUCUAGAAGCAAUACACUUGUUUACCCAUAGAGUAAAAUCAUGGUAAAAUAUAGAUAUUAUGUGUGUUUGCCUUUUGGAGGUUGGAGUUCCUGCUAAUCUGUCAAAAAAACCUUGCAAGAAUCCUAGUUAGAUGUAGAAAAGUGUUAUAAUGACAUUUUCUGAUUUAGCUGCUCACUUUUCUGAACACUAAUGAUCAUUUCUUAUACCUUAGACCCUUGGCGAUAUUAUCUUCCCAACACCUAGAAUUCAGCUGAAGUGAGGCUUCUGCCCUAUUUUGACACAGGAUGUCAGCAAAAUAUAGCAGGACUCUUCCUCUGCAAGAAGAAGAGGGACUUUUGAUAGUGAAGAUAGAAGAUCCAGAGGACUAUGCUUGGGAACAGCGAUCCUGCUUACAAGGAAAUAAUCCUCUCUAUCAGGAGAUCUUCCGUCAGCGUUUUAGGCAGUUUGCCUACCACCUUACCCCUGGGCCACGUGAGGCUCUAUGUAGACUCCGAGAACUCUGCCAUCAGUGGCUGAAGCCAGAGAUGCACACAAAGGAACAAAUCUUAGAACUAUUGGUUCUGGAACAGUUCCUGACCAUCCUUCCUGAGGAACUCCGGACUUGGGUGCAGGAACGUCAACCAAGGAAUGGAGAAGAAGCAGUGACUGUGUUGGAGGACUUGGAGAAAGAACUUGAUGAGCCAGUCCAGCAGGUUCAGAACUAUGGAAAUGGGCCAGAAGUGGUCUGGAAGGAGAUGACACCUCCUGGAACAUCAAAGGAAUCACUGACUAUGCAAUCCAUUGAAACCCAGCUCAAGUAUGAACCUAAGGAGUCUUAUCCCCUACAAAAUGAUUUUCAAAGUAAGACUGAGAACAAGUGGUCAUCUCAUAAACAGGAAACAUCUGAAACAGAAUCACUAAGGGCAACAUCAGAAACACCCCAAGGAUAUAUAACUCAGGGACUUGCUUUGGAAAAACACUGUGAAUGUGAAGACACCUUAGAAAAUGAUCAUAGAAAUCCCACAGGGGAGAGACUGGAUGGUUCUGAUUUACAGAAGCAAGAUUUCAUGCAAGAGACAAUCACUCACAGCAUUAUCCCCCCAAUCAAGGCAGAUUUUGAGCAGAAAGAAUGCAAAAAAAGCUGUAGUUUAGGUUCAGCUGUUGUACAUGACAAAGAAAAACUUCUUAAAUGUGAUAUAUGUGACCAAAUCUUUAAAGAAAAUUCAGCCCUUUUUGAACACAAGAGAAUUCACAAUGGAAGAAAAUACUAUGAAUGUAAUGAAUGUGGAAAAAUCUUCAGGUGGAGCUCACAUCUUGUUCAACAUCAGAGGAUUCACACUGGAGAGAAACCUUAUGAAUGUAAUGAAUGUGGGAAAGCCUUCAGGGGAAGCUCAGAUCUUAUUCAGCAUCGGAGAAUUCACACUGGAGAGAAACCUUAUAAAUGUAAAGAAUGUGGGAAGGCUUUCAGCCAAAGUUCAAAGCUUAUUAGACAUCAAAGAAUUCAUAGUGGAGAGAAACCUUAUGAAUGUAAUGAAUGUGGGAAAUCUUUCAGUCAAAUCUCAGUGCUUAUUAGGCAUAAGAGAAUACACACAGGAGAAAAUCCCUAUGAAUGUAAUGAAUGUGGAAAAGCUUUCAAUCAGAACUCAGCCCUUACUCAACAUCAGAGAAUUCACACUGGAGAGAAACCCUAUGAAUGUAAUGAAUGUAGGAAAAACUUUAGGCAUAGGUCAGGCCUCAUUCGGCACCAGAGAAUUCACACCAGAAAAUAACCCUUUAAAUGUAAUGAAUAUAGGAAUUUUUAGUGGCAGAUGAUACUUCGGUUAAUUUCAGAGGAGCUAUGCAGAGUCUAAACUUAAAGACAAACUUUUUGCCUGCAGUUCCAUGUUUGUGUUGAAGAAAAAAUAUUAAUACUAUACUUUGCAUUUAGCACAAGUCUGUUAAAAAUAAUAAAUAUUUCUAAUUUACAGAAAUAUUCUUGAAUCUUGAACAAGGAAAAUGUCACAACUAAGAAAGAAGUUUUUAAUAUACUUCUACGGUAAGUUAGCAUUUCAUUGUUCUGCGUAUUGGCCCAUAGGAACGAUAAGAGAUUUGUCUUUGUGUUAAUGUAAGAGAGCAACAACUGUAAUAUGAGGCCAGAUCUAUAGACCAGAACUGUGUUUCUGACUAAAACCAAAUGAUAUUUCCUGUAAAAGAAUGGAAAUUUCCUCUGUGGCAUUGAAUCCAUUGGCUAGAUAUUCUUUGUGAUCCUCUUUGAAGUUAUAAGGUGGGAACUAUAGUGAUAGACGUUUCCUCUUGAAAGAACAAAAAUGGAACUUUUCUUGAGUAGGUAGUUGUUUUUCCAUAAAAGGUUUAGAGAAAUCUUUUAAUCUGAUUUCUAGAUUUUUUCAUGAAAAUAUCCUUGCAUUCUUUUAUCUUGUGAAGAAGAUGAGAUCCAAACUCCAUCAAGAGAAUUGGGUAUGACAAGAGAUGGUUUUAGUCCCUGUCAUUGAGGCCUUCUUUAUUCCUUCUUGCCUUCUAUAAUCAAAAAGGUACAUGAAAUAUUACCAAACUUAAGGCAUUUCUCAGAAAUUCAUUAGUUUACUCCUCUUUUAUGAACAGUGACCAUGAACAACAUAUAGCUGUUUCUAUAUGCCUUUGGUCAGGGUAGCAGGAAGCGUCUUAAUUUUUGUUAUUCAGUCCUUUUCCAGUUAUUUCCA